AUCAGCCAACUUGCUGAAGCACAGCUUCUCUGAUCAGCAUGUCGGACGAAAAUGGUACUUACUAUUACUUUAAUGAUACUGAAUAUGACCAGUUUGACGAUAUGUGCCUCUACUCGGGCAUGCAGGGCUCCUACAUUUUCCUACCGGUUAUUUAUUACCUGAUAUUCUUCACUGGAUUCUGGGGCAACAUCUUCGUGAUCACAGUGGUGGGAAGCAAAAGCAAAAAAGGGGGUCGCCUGGUGGACACUUUUGUGCUGAACCUGGCCCUGGCUGACCUGAUCUUUGUCCUCACACUGCCUCUGUGGGCCAUCUCCUCCAGCCAGAACAACUGCUGGGACUUUGGUGAUGCCAGUUCACUUCUUUGCAAGCUGAGCAGCUAUAUCAUCUCUGUCAACCGCUUCUCCAACAUCUUCUUUCUCACCUGCAUGAGCAUUGACCGUUACCUGGCUAUAGUGAGGAUGAUGGAUUCCCGGUACCUGAGGAGUAGUCAGUGCAUUCGCAUCACUUGUGCUGCCCUUUGGAUCGUCUCCCUCAUCCUUGGCAUCCCAUCUUUGGUCUAUCGUAACUUGGUGCUGUAUGAGGGCGGUCAGGCCUGCAUGGAAGAUGAAAGUUCAGUGUUCUUGGGCAUUAACCUGGCCAUGGCGUUCCUCACUUUCAUCAUCCCAGUGCUCAUCAUCGUGCUCUGCUACGGGACCAUCAUCAUGCACCUCAACAGGCACCAGGUCACUGCUGGGAACACCCGAGCCGAAGCCCGUCGCAGACACUCCCUGAAGAUGGUCCUCUGCAUCAUCCUGGCGUUCAUUGUGUCUUGGCUGCCCUACAACACUUUUAAGUCCAUCAAAAUCAUUUCCCGUCUCAAAGAUACUCUUCUGAGCUGUGAAACCAAUGCAUUUCUCAACAACGGGAAUCUCAUCUCCGGCUGCCUGGCAUUCUUCAACAGCUGCGUCAACCCUGCCAUCUACUUCUUCCUGGACCACCACUUCAGGCGCCGGGCACAGUUUCUGUUCCAGAGCUGCAUCGGGAAGACAAAAGUGCUGCACAGCUUCAACUCUUCUGCUUCGUACACCAACCCUGGCACUUCUGAGAGCUUUGCGACAAAUGGUGGGCGAUCGCAGCUUCAAAUGUCCCUGAAGGAGGAGAACUGAAAAUUCCCUUCUAGAAGUCUGGAGGUGGUAAAGUAAUUGUUUUACACUUCUCUUAAAUCCAAAUGACAGGCAGAUUGGAUUUCAUUCACAUUUAAAUUUCUGUCUAUUUUCUCUGAGUAACAGCCAGGUUUUAUUGCAAUACAACAGUUAAGAAUCCUUUCUUUUAUUUUUACUUUUUUCUUAAAGAGUAUUUUCUAGAUUUUACAUGUAAAGUUUUAAAAUUCUGAUGUUUUUCUUAUGUCGAAAAUGCUGUUUAUUUUUGCUUAUGCUGGACAGAAGUGCAGACCUGGCUGUGUUGUUAUUGUGUUCUAGGAUUUGCAGUAAAGCAUUAAUCCAACUGUAAAU